AUGGCGAGAAGGAGCAAACGGUUGGACGCUCUAAAGGGAGGAGAGAAAAAAGAGGCGUCAGAAGAAGAUGAAAGACAAAAAGUCAUAAGGCAACGAAAAGGCAACCCGAACGUAGAAGAUGAAUCCAUGAAGGAACAUGGAGCUGUUACGGAAAAGAAAACGAACCGAGAAAAGGUGGGGAAGAACGAUGGUGGUAAAGACGUGAUAUUGAAAGAACCAAGUAAGACACUUCGUCGAGAGAAGAGGAAAGCAGGAAUGGCGAGACGAGAUGAUCAAGCAAAACGAGGAGAAUAUGAACGUAAUGGAAAAACGGAGGUCGGAAUUACACAUGGAGAAAACACUAAUUCGGAAACGAUAACAGUUUCGUCUCGGAAAAGGACUUUAUAUCGGGAGGAAAAUCCUUAUAAGGAUUACGAGGAAGAAGACGAACGAGGAUUGCAGAAGAGAAGGCUGCUAGAAGGACACAACCAGGAAAGAUAUCUAAGGAGGAUGCUAGUGGAGGCGAGAUAUGAAAAUCAUAGGCUAAAAUACGACGAUGAAAGGAGAUGCGAGGACGAAAACAAACGCAAAGGGAGAGAAAGAGAUAUUGACGAAUCAACAAGAGGGAUUAUGGACCUCGAGAUCUUGCAUGAGUUACGAAGAUUGAGAACUCAGAUGGGGAAUUCGCACAAGCAAGAUAGGUCUCAAUGGAUGGAAGAAAAGGUCAAGUUGACCACUAUGAUACGUGUAGGGAUGCAAACAGUGCCUGGAGGAGAGCUGAAGAAGAUUGACAUAAAGAAGGAAAAGUCAUUACAAAAGGAUCAAAAGCCAUGA